GUGAAAUCUGGCUGCUUUCAAUUGUUUGCGUGUGAGAUCAAAAUGAUGAGCGAGAACGCCCAGGUGCGGAUGGUGCGUGAGCGCACUCUGGGCAGAUGUGCACCGAUGCGCUUCUGGAGGGGCAUCUACGCAUCCAAGACGACGAUAGGAAGGUACUCACGCACCAAUCGGCAGGCGGGAGGCCGCGCGUCUCACUGUGUUGUCUGGCGUGUCAUGUAGGAUGAAGAGAGGCCCGUCCCUUCAGAGUCACCAUGGUCAGUCGGGUUCCUCCACUGAUCGCCCUUGAUGGCUGCUGUGUGAUCCUGAGUGUUAUGUCUGUGUGUGUGUGUGUGAACAGGCUGUGUCAACUCGAUAAACUGGAAUGAGACGGGGUCCAUGCUCGUCAGCGGCAGUGACGACACGGUGAGGAAGGACCACAGACAUGAACAGGGACGGAGAGGAGCGCCAUCGCAACCAAUGACUGUCUGCCGUGCCGUGGUGGUCGUGUGCAUGCAUUCAUUCAUUCAGGCUCUGUGCGUGUGGGACUACCCGUCUUUCAAGCUGAGGACGCGGAUCGAAACGGGACACCUCGGUGAGCUCAAGGGAAACUGAUGCACUGAUCGACCUGCUAUGGAUGCCGCCACACACUCACUCGCUUGCUUGCUUGCUUGCUUGUUUUCUCGGUACUAUCCCUUGCAGCCAACAUCUUCUGUGGCCGCUUCAUGCCGACUGACAACGAGGUCAGCCACUCAGUCAGUCAGUCAGUCAUAGCUAGGUCAAAGUGCCUGCUAUGCUUUGCUUUCCCCAACCUAUCAGACGAUCAUCAGCUGCAGUGCCGACAGUCAGGUCCGCGUGUGCAACCUCUCCACCGGACGGCUCAUACGCGUUUAUACGGACCAUACGGUGGGUGAGAGAGUGCGGGAGUGAACACACAACCGAUGGGCAACGGGGAUCUGUCUGGUGUCUGUCUGUGGUCUGAUACUCAGGAUCGCGUCAAGAAACUGGCAACGGAAACAGGCAAUCGUAAUGUGUUUCUGAGCUGUGCGGAGGACGGCACUGUGCGGCAAUUCGACCUGCGCGUCGACGACUCGAGAUGUACGUACCACGCAAACACAAAACACCCACGCGCUGAGUAGCAAUCCAUCUGUGUGGGUGGUCAGGUGCCCGUGACGAGCCUGAGGUGCGCCCCCGUUUCGGUCGUCUGGGCAGGAUGGCACGCAGAGCAGCCGACCGGUCGCCCGCCAAUGUGCUCGCAAUGCUCGAUGGAGGUACGCACCCCACGACAAACACACAGGCAGGCAGGCAGGCAGCUGCAUGGUGCUCUCUUAUUGCUGUGGCUAGGUGGUGAUGAGGUUGGGCUCAGCUCGAUCUCGCUGGCGGCACUCAGACCUGAGUGAGCCACACGGCAUACACACAGGUGUCAUCAGCAGCAAGAUACACCCGUCCUUCCUUGUUCGUUAUCGCAGAUAUUUCGUGAUAGGAGGCGACAAAGCAUCCAUCUGGCUGUUCGACAGGUGCCGGCACCACAAUCCAUUAUUGUGGCCACGGAUGCCGUAUUCUGGAUGUAUUGCCACCCGUCCACAGGCGCAUGUUGAGCCCCCGUCCUUUGGAGUCUUUCACCAGCACGCCAUCCGUCCCGGCAGCAGGUCAGACACCUACACACUUGACCCUGCCCUCACACACCCGUGUAGCUAUCUGUGUUUGUCCACGUGUUCAUGCAGAGUACCAGCCGCCUGAGCGUCGCGUCCAGCGCCUCACCGGUGUCAACAUCUCAUACGACGGCAAACGCGUCAUCGGUAGGCAUGCACACGUGCACGAGACAGGGCAUCACAGGUGCAGGCAGACAGACAAACAGUCACGUGGAGCUGUGUGUCUGUUUCGCUGGUUGCCUGGCUACAGGUUCCUGGAGCGAGGAGCACAUCUACAUGUUCAACGUUGACAAGGUGACCCAUCUGCCAGGCACAGACAAGAGGACGGUUCAUCACGUCUGUCUUGUGCCUGUCGCCAGGGCGUGGAGAGCUACACCCGCUUCCUGGCAGACAAGCGGGCGUCGAAGCGAGACCGGGACAUGUCAGCCGCUGCCGAGCCCAGCAGAGCCGCUGCAGCGGCAGCGGCAUCGUCAAGCGCCGAUGACGGACCCAAGGACACCACCAACUCAUCCCCAGACACCACCCCCUCUGCACUACCCUGUCCUACCGGCGACGCGGGCCCACAGCCCAUGGACCUCGACGCACGCGGGAAGCGACCCAGAAAGGACGAGGACCGAGAGGACGAGAGCAAGGAUAGCGGCGAGUCGAGUCCUCCCCUGUGCGUGCCGUCGCGGCGACUGAACCUCCCGGCGCCCCGUUUUGGCGACGGUGAGCUCGACGACCAGGACCUGAAGCCGGCCGCAGACGUGCUCGACCAUCGGCCGCUCGACAAGUCGCCAGCCACGGCCGACUUACCGGCCCCCGGCAGCGGGCAGGACCGAGACAAGAAGGAAGACAGGAAUAAAGAAGACGACAAGCAGCAGCAGGGCGGCGGUGAUGAGUUGGAGGUUCUGGCUGGCGUGGAGGUGGACAUGUUCGGGCCACCGACUCCCGGUGAAGAGCAGCGACAGCAGCAGCAGCAGCAGGAUGGAGAAGGCGAGGAGCAUGAGAAGGAGGACCAUGAUCAUGAUGACGACGACGACAGCGAGAGCCUCGAGAAGGCCGUGAGUUCGUCGAGCAGUGGUGGUGGUGGCGGGGGCGGCUCUGGCUCCCGGGCCGCGGCGGGGGGGUCAGGAGGGUCCGGGUCAGGCGGUGCUGCAGCCCCACAUGCAAUGGAUGAUGACGACGACAGCGACGACGAGCCGCCCUUUAUCCAGCUGCUGAGGUCCAUCGCCAGGAACCGGCAGCCGCGGUCGCCUGCACGGCCUCUACCCAGGCAGCCGUGGAUGAUCGACCAAAUGCAGGUGGGGAGACGACCACAAGAGAGCGGCACACUGCUCACUUCAUCCAUGUGUGUGUGUGUGUGGUUGUCAUUCAGACGUACACUGGUCACUGCAAUGUCCGGACGGUCAAGGACGUGCAAUUUGUGGUGAGUGAGUGAGUAGGCUAGGCGGGCUGUGGGGCUGUCUGUCUGUCACCGUCAGUCAGUGUGAUGCACUCCCUCCCUCACUGGUGCUGGCUGGCUGUCCUGUGCUGUGCCAUCCAUAAACAAAGGGUCCGUAUUGCGAGUACGCGGCUUCUGGCUCUGACGACGGCCGCAUAUUCAUAUGGGACGCAUUCACCGGCUCACUGGUGUGGAUCGGUAAGUAGGUAUCACAUACAGGCACUGCGCGGAAAAUAUACAUAAAGUGUGUCGUCUCUGUUAAACUGUGUCUGCAGGUCACGAUGCCGACUGCAGUGUGGUCAACUGCAUCGCGGGCCACCCCCGAGACCCAGUGCUGACCUCAUCAGGAAUCGACAACGACGUCAAGGUAAGGUCAGCAGAGGCAGGCCACCAUGGCCCGCCCACGUGCCACACGCCAUUCUCUCUUUUGUGUCGUCCCCCUGCCUGUCUGUCUGUCUGUCUGCCUGUCUCCUUGUGUGUGCAGGUUUGGUACCCCACUGCGCCAAGGAGCAUGGACGUGACGACGCCAGCUGUGGCGAGAAUACUCGCCGACAACGAGCGCAACCGCACCUCACUCAGGACGGGGGCCUUCCUCACACGCGCAGAGUUCCAACAGGUCACAAGAGAGACCAAUGUCGACACACCUCUCGCAGGCAGCAUGUUUGUAUGCCUUCCGUGUGUCUGUGUGUGUGAGUGCAGUUGCGUCAGAUGAUCGCCUCGGGGCAGCGACACACAGAUGACGACGGGGUCAAAGACACUGACUGAUCACCACACCGGGCGGCCGUCGCACAUGGACAGUUGUCUGGUCUGUGUGUGUCAGGAGGAUGGUGAGGGUGAGGGUGAGAGUGCCCAGCAACAGGCAGCAGCCGCCGAGACACAACAUGAGGAAGAGGUCAGUCACACAUGGGCCGACAGCCAAUGCAUCCUUCUACUCACGCUUCCUUCGUUCGUUGGUUGGUUUAGUCCGGGAGUCAGGGCGGCGGUGGCGGUGGCCAGGGUGGUGAUCAGCCCACCCGUCGCGGCCGACUGUUCGGCCGCCGAGGCAGAGGCAGGGGCAGGUAGGUACCCAUACACGCACGCCAUCGCAACCGGACACUCAGAGGUGAAGAGAAGAUGCCUGUCUUGUGUUGCCUGCCGUCAGGGUGAGCUACACCGUUGGGUGCGAGAACCAGUAGACAGACAGACAGACAGACAGCUCAGCCCCGCCCUCCCUGCUGGUGCCGAUGCUGCAUUUCUUCAAGCCGUGUGGUGGCGUGUGUGUAUUGUGUCGUGUGUGAGUGAGUGAGCACAUUGUUGGUCUGUGUGUGUGAGUGGCAGUGUGCUGGCUGUACGAUAAACAGAUAGACCGGCGUGGGAAUGGGAUUGUGUGCAUUCGUUCAUUCCAUGUGCUGUCAUGUCGUUGUGGCUGAGGACGAAAACCAUAGUGUUUGGCCAAUGGGUUUGUCGUGUGCGUGUGUGCCGUGGGGCUGUCUGUGUACCACCGCGGUUGUCAUCCUGUGUGUGGUGUGGGCGGGCGCCACAAGUUUUUCCCUGUCUGUCUGUCUGUCUGUCUUGUGUGGGGGUAUGUGACACUGGACGGUCCCCUUAUCAUCAUGAUGCACUCCUUCGUCAACAGAACAACGG